AUGGUUAGAGGCACUAGAGGUUAUUUGGCACCAGAAUGGGUUAGUAAUCACCCUAUAACUGUAAAAGCUGACGUUUACAACUAUGGAAUGCUUCUUUUAGAGAUCAUUGGUGGCAGGAGAAAUCUUGACAUGUCCUUUGGUGCUGAGGACUUUUUCUAUCCUGGUUCGGCUUACAAGGAUGUUGCUGCCAAAUGCAAGGUUAGUUGGCUUCUAUUUAGCAUAGUUAUUUUUCCUGUUAACCCUGAUAAGAUUUUGCAAUUAUUGCUUCUUUAUGAAUUUGAUCAUCUUCUUGUUGCACUUGUUCUCAACCCACAACUGAGGAAUCAAUAUCUCCAAACCUAUGUAAGAAAAAUUCAAUUAUUUGGAACAAUGUAUAAGAGAAAGCUUAAUGAUGGAACCCUUGUGGCUAUAAAGCAUGUCAAGAAGGAUUUACAAAACAAAAACUUGGCUGAGUUCAAGAAUGAAAUAAACACCUUGUCGAAAAUUUGA